AUGGAUGAUUUGAAGGCGCUUGGUGUGAACACCUUUCGGCUUGAUGUCACAGAUCAAGAGUCAGUCAACAAUGCAAAGGAGUUGAUCAUCAAAGAGACUGGAGGAAGAUUGGAUUAUUUGAUUAAUAACGCUGGCCAGCCAUGUACAAUGCCAGCGAUUGAUGCUUCUAUUGAGAUGGUUCAACAAGUUUUCGAUGUUAAUUUCCACGGUGUUGUCAGAAUGACCAAUGCUUUCAGUCAGAUUUUGAUUGCUUCCAAAGGUAAGAUCAUUCAAAUUGGUUCUGUAGCCGGUAUAUUUCCUUUCCCAUGGGGUGCUUACUAUGGAGCCACCAAAGCUGCACUUCACCAGUAUUCCUCCGUUCUUCGUCUUGAAUUGAAACCCUUCGAUGUUGAUGUGGUUACAAUUGUAACUGGUGGUGUGCAUACUAAUAUCUCUGAUGACAGAGAUAUUCCCGAGGGUUCUCUUUAUAUUGAUGCUGAGGAGGGUAUUCAAGAUCGAAGAAGAAUGGCUAGAAACAACCAGCCAAUGUCAUCAGAUGAGUAUGCUAAAAGAGUAUUCCGCGCUAUCAACAAACCAGUAGCUCCUGAGCAACUGUGGGAGGGUUCUUAUGUAACCCUACUUAGGUUCUUUAACUCUUAUAUGCCACGUUGGUUUAUUAUUUUUGUCCUUUCAAGAAAGUUUGGUUUGUAUGAGUUUUAUGCCAAAGUCCGUGCCAGGUAUUCGAAAAAGAAUAUUUAA